AUGGACGAAACAUACAUCCAUAGAUCACAUACGUAUGAAAAGAGUUGGAGCGAUAAUACCAAUGAGUUCCUUCAUAGGCUAGUUUUAAAAGGACAAAGAUUUAUUACUGUGCAUACUGGUAGUGAAAAUGGUUUCGUGGAACAUGCAUAUCUGAAAUUUAAAUCCACUAGUGGAGAGAUCUUAUCAACCUGUAAGCAGAAAGUAUAUGAAAAAUCCAAGAGUUUCCAUAAUCUGCGGCUACUGAUUAACUAG